AUGCUUGGACUACCUGGGUCCUGUAAAGACUUCUCCCACCUCGCCACCCACUGCGCUGAUGUCUCGCCCAUCGCCGCGGACUCGUUCGUGGAGCGGCAGGACGCCCUCGCCCGCACCCUCCACGCGCUGGGCGCCGCAGCGUACGUCGCCGAACCAGGCGCCAACGCCGGCUUUUUCGCCAACCUCACCGGCUCCCUCUGGCACCUCUCCGAGCGCCCUUUGCUGCUCGUGAUCCAGCCCCAGACGGACGGCCUCGGAUCCAUCCACGCCAACGUCUCCAUCCUGACUCCGACGUUCGAGAAGACCAGGGCGAUGUUGCUCCCUCUGCCCAGCGCGUCGUCGGUCACCUACACCGCCUGGCCCGAGGACAGUGACCCGUACGCGCAGGCGCUCGCCCUCAUCCCGAACCUGGAGGAAGCGAUCAUUUAUGUCGACGGAGGGAUCAGGAUGUUCAUUGCGGACAGUCUACAGAAGGCGGCGCCCCAGGCUCACGUUACGAUCGCGCCGGCUGAACUGAGGCAGUUGAGGGAGCGCAAGAGCGCCGAGGAGCUGGAAAUCAUGAAAUACGUGAACGAGGUCACAGUCCUCGCUAUCAGGGCCGCCCGGGAUCACAUGUACAUCGGCAUGCGCGAAUCCGAGGCAAUGUCCCUCGUUGUCAGUGCGUUGAGCACUGCGGGACUCAAGGAUACGUCCGCCCUGACUCUUUUCGGAGAGAACGCCGCGUUGCCUCAUGGAUCCGGAACUGAUCGCGUACUGGGCAAGACCGACUUCAUCCUCAUCGACACUGGCGGUGUGCUGCACGGAUACGAAAGCGACGUCACCAGAACCUUCGCCUUACCGCAGUCCGAAAUCUCUGCAGAGAAGCUGAAGCUCUGGAACAUCGUGCACAUGGCGCAAGCUCGAGCUCUAGAAACGGCCAAGAAUGGUACCGUUACUGCUGAGGUGGACCGCGAAGCUCGGAAAGUCAUUUCCGACGCGGGUUACGGCAAGUACUUUACGCAUAGGCUUGGUCACGGUAUUGGCAUGGAAGUCCACGAAUCACCCUACCUUCGCGGAGGCACCGAAGAUGUCAUCCUCACAGGCAAUUCAUUCUCCGACGAGCCUGGGAUUUACAUCGAGGGAGAGGUCGGAGUCCGACUCGAAGACUGCUUCUACAUCGACGACGACGGAGUCGCACAAUACCUGACUCAAGGCGUCGGAGGGGCUGCGUCUGGGCCAUGGACUCCAUGA